AUGGAGAAGCUCUUAAACCAGAGAAAAGUGAAGAGUGCUUUAGGUGUAAGGGAUGACUUGCAGUUUGUUUCAUGCAGUUCAACUGUGUAUGAUGCUUUGGAGCUAGACUCCAUGAGAAACCUGGAUGUGGGGAUUCCUGCUCUUCUUGAGGAUGGAAUCAGGAUGCUUGUGUAUGUUGGGGAAGAAGAUCUCAUAUGCAAUUGGCUUGGGAAUUUAAGGUGGGUUAAUGCCAUGGAGUGGUCAGGCCAGAAGGCCUUUGGAAGAUCUCCUACAGUGAAAUUUAAGGUUGAUGGUGCAGAAGCAGGGUCUCUUAAUAGCUAUGGACCUCUCUCUUUCCUCAAGGUACACGGUGCUGGGCACUUGGUCCCUAUGGAUCAACCAAAAGUUGCACUUGAGAUGUUGAAAAGUUGGAUGGGAGGGAAACUGGCGGGAAUACAAGCAUGGCGUGACUAA